AUGGAGCACUCCAAGUUGUGGGACCUUCGUCCCAAAGUGCGGGAACGUCGCUUCAAGUGGACUUCAGUCGGCCAACAGCAACAACAAAAGUCGUGCAAUAACAAGGACGAUCCACCAAAUUCACACCAAAAAUCAAAAAGCAAUAAUGAUGCUCGAAAUCUGAACAGCCGGCUCCGGACUCGGGCGGGAAAUGCCAGCGGGACGGGAUUGAAUGAGAUCAGAGCGGAUUACUGUGAACUCUACUGCGGUGGAUCCUGCAAGAGCAGAAAAUGCUACAUAUUGAACGGAACUUUAACCACUGAAGAUUAUCAAAUGAAGUUGUGGAUUUCGAAAUUGGAAUUUACUUGGACCAAUCGGAAUUUUCAACAAUGGAAUAUCUACAAUAUUUCUAAUGAAACUGAUUGUUCAAUACUUAAAAUUACUGUUGCUGGAAUACCCAGUGCUGACGAUGUGAGACUUCGUCCUUCGGUUCAUUACCUUCGUCAACUUGGCAUCCAAGAAAUUGUUGAAUUCGAAAUGUAUGCUCCUUUUAUAACAAUAAUGGAGACGGAUAUCCUAUAUGAAAGCGGACCCGAACAAAUAGGUUUUAAAUAUUUAAGUGACAGCCCUGUUAAUUCUUUUGUUAUUAACGAAUACGUAAGAGAGAGUAUGAACAACACAAAGCGAAUUAAAAUCUAUGCUUCUACUGCGGUAAAACCAACACUUACAAUCGAAACAAAUAUGUUUGAAGGCAAAAAUCAUUUAGAAUUGCUGGUGUUUAGUGGCCUAAAUUUAGAAGGUUUAACAAAUAAAACAUUCGAUAACUUGACUAGUUUAGUUAGUCUGGUUUUUGACAACGUAGUUUUAGAAAACUCGGAUUGCUUCAGGUCUUUGUCCCUUCAAGCUUCAUUGAAAAACCUAAUCAUUCACGUUAAUAACAAGAUGGAUAUGAAACUCUUUGAACAUUUCCACGCACUUGCAAUCAUUCAACUGUUCCAAUAUAAGGCGUCUAAAAAUCUCACCGCCUUUAUAUGCCACCAGGGUCAAAAUGAGUGUCAAUUUACAUUGGGUAUAAAUGGCUUUUCGUGCCCCUCAAAAUGUAGCUGUCUGUAUAAUCAACAAGAUCGGAUUUUCGAAAUUAAUUGCUCGCAUCAAGAUCAUUCAACAAUCCCAGCGCUACCUGUUCCUAUAACAGGAAAGGCAGUGCUGAUCCUUAAAAAUAACCAACUAAUUAAACUGCCUGAUAACUCAUUGGAAGGCUAUGAUAACCUACAAAGUCUGGACGUCUCUCGAAACCAACUAACUAGUCUCAGCACUAGCCAACUACCCAAAGCCCUUGACACUCUGGACAUAAGUUUUAAUCAACUUACCACUUUAGGACAAGACGUGGUGGCAUAUGUCGAAAGUAUAAAUUCCUUUAAACAACUCGGCAACAAAUGGAUUAUCUACUGCGAUGAAAGCUAUUUAAUAAGUUAUUUUUGGAGUAUCUCGCAAUGGAUAAGGAUAAAAAAUGACAAAUUUAACCUAGUAAUGGAAUUUAUGGACAUAGUAGCAAUUGCACCCAACUUACACGAUUUGUUUGUUCCCAAUUACUCCGAUUUUUACUGGGAAACAAGUGAAGAAAUUAUAUUAAACGCAUUUGAUGAAUCAUUAUUUUAUGAUACGUUGAAGCUGGUAGAAGAUUUAAAAAACGCCAUUUGGUUGUUUGAUGCCGAGUACGAAGAAUUUGAUCUUUACCAUCUCAACGAGACGUGUCCAUUCAGAUGCACUUGUUGCAUCGAACGACCAACUGGUCAAUUCCUAAUAAAUUGUAUGAGUGCAAGUCUUGAAUAUUUUCCCAGACUACCUAACUUGAUUCCCCACAACACGACUCUAUUUCUUGAUAAAAACGACAUUAAGAAACUUACCAGCCCUGAAAACCUUAGCAUUACGGGUCUUGCCUCGAUACAAAAACUGCAUAUGGCGCACAACAUGCUAACUGAAUUCCCACAUCACUUACUUCCAGAGAACAUCACUUACUUAGACCUAAGAAAUAAUUUUUUGAGGACGCUUGAUGAUGAGGCAGUCGCAUUUCUGAGCUAUCGCAAAGAUUUCACGGAGGUAGAACUAUCUGGUAACCCAUGGGAAUUUUACUGCACGGCCAAGUUUUUUCUAUCUUUUCUGAGGGAACGUGAGCCAAUGGAAUAUGAAACAGUGAUGCGCCGAGAAAAUAUUUCUCAGGAUAAGUGUCCUGAAGAUUGCAUUUGCUGUAUUGAUAACUCCAAUUCACUAACCGUCGACUGUAGCGGCAAAGGUCUUCGGCAGAUACCACCAUUGCCAACGCCAAGAAUUGGCCAAACCACUUUAAUAUUUGAAGGAAAUGUUCUCAAGGAGUGGCCCUCUAGCUCGCUACCAGGAUACUCAAGCGUGGCACGAUUUUAUUUGGCCCACAACCAACUGUCCCAUAUCGAUGAGCUGCCGACCAACCUAGCCCAUCUGGACAUAAGUUACAAUAACUUCGCAGUUCUCAGUGAUCGAGUACGGAUCUUCCUUCAGAAGAGAAUGAAGUCUUCCCAGAUAAUGCUAGUGCUAUCCGGAAAUCCGUGGAAUUGCAGCUGCGAAGAGAAGGAUUUCCUAGAAUUCGUGAAGGAGCAAGCGAAAUUUAUUAAAAAUGCUUCAGCUGUUCAAUGUGCCGAUUCCGGCAAAUCUCUGAUCGAAAUUGAAGAGAUUGACAUAUGUCCCUCGGUCCUCAUUUACUAUACUUCCUUUGCCAUCUCUUUGUUAAUCAUAGCUAUAUCCAUCAACGCCUUUAUUUGCUUCAGGCAACCCAUAUUGAUCUGGUUCUACGAACACGAAAUAUGCCUAAGUCUGGCCGCGCGAAGAGAGCUCGAUCAGGACAAAAAAUUCGAUGCUUUCCUGUCCUUCACUCACAAGGACGAAGAGCUCCUUGCAGAGUUCCUCGAUCAACUGGAAAAUGGCAGGCACAAGUUCAGGCUCUGCUUCUAUCUCAGAGAUUGGUUGGUGGGUGAGUCCAUCCCCGAUUGCAUCAACCAAUCAGUCAAGGACUCCAGACGCAUUAUCAUCCUGAUGACGAAGAACUUCCUGAAAUCCACCUGGGGACGACUCGAGUUCCGGCUGGCACUGCAUGCCACCUCAAAGGAUCGGUGCAAGCGCCUGAUCGUCGUCCUCUAUCCCGAUGUGGAGAAUUUCGAUGAGCUGGAUAGCGAGCUGAGGGCCUACAUGGUAUUGAAUACCUAUCUGAAGCGAGAUGAUCCCAAUUUUUGGAACAAACUAAUUUACUCGAUGCCACACUUCAUGUUUCGACAGCAGCUUUUCGGAAAUCCAGCUGAUAUUGAGACAGGGGCUUAA